AUGUUCUCAACUGCUUACAAGUUUGCUAAAAUGAUUGCCCAAGCUGGAUUAUCUUUAGGUGUUGUUGCUUUAAUUGGAUUGUAUACUUAUCAGAAUAACUUGAUUUAUCCAGCCUCAUUGAAUGACGGACAUGGGUAUUGUGCGACUCCAGAUGAAUACAACAUGCCGUAUGAAUUAAUCAAUUUACCUACUGAAGAUGGAGAGUUAUUACAAUGUUAUCUGUUGAAACAAGAUCCCCAUAGCCCCUCGUAUUCUAAUAAGACAAUUUUGAUACUAUCACCUAAUGCUGGAAACAUUGGUCAUGCCUUGCCCAUUGUAUCUAUAUUUUACAAGAAAUUUGGUUAUAAUGUGUUUAUUUACAGUUAUAGAGGCUAUGGCAAAUCAACAGGAAGCCCAUCAGAAAAGGGAUUGAAAAUGGAUGCCGAUAGAGUAAUGCAAUACUUGACAAAGGAAGAUAGUCAGUAUCAACAAUCGUCUAUUAUAUUAUACGGAAGAUCUUUGGGAGGUGCAGUUGCUAUAUACAUUGCUGCUACUAAAACAUCUUCUAUUCAUGCCAUGAUAUUGGAAAACACAUUCUUGUCUAUUAGAAAAACAGUGCCACAUGCUUUUCCAUUGUUAAAGUAUGUGGCUGGAUUUGUACACCAAACCUGGGAUCUGGAGAGUUUAGUACCCUUAAUCUCACCGAAAGUCCCCGUGUUAUUGUUGUCGGCAAGAAAAGAUGAAAUUGUACCUCCACUGCACAUGGAUCGAAUUUACGAGUUGCUCAAAAGUGAAAGCAAGGGAAUGUUUGAAUUUGAGAAUUCGAGUCACAACGACACUGUUGUACAAGAAGGCUACUGGGAUAGAGUACAUUCUUUUAUAAAAAAUAAGGUAAACCCUGUAGGGUUUUAA